UUCUCGAAUGAAGGACCAUUUUCUCGUCGAGCGAUCUGGAUUUUCUCGCCAAUCUAAGACGAUAAAAGCAAUUGUAAUACGCGAAAUUAACAUUUGAAUUUUGGUAAAAUUAUUGUGUGAGUUGUUUUGUGGGUUCGUAGAAAUACGGGUUUGCUUCAGGACAAUUUGGCCUACAGUGAGUUAGUGUCUGGGAUUGACAUUUAAGCAAGACCCACCCCAAAGAGUUAAUUCAUCCCAAGGCCUACGCAACAAAUGCCCGGAUAUAAGAGAAGAUACUGAAGAAAGGGGUGGGCCACCCCUUCUUCAACAAUAUUCAUAAACCAUGUUGUACUUUAGAGAUAUAUCGUUCCUAGAUAUUUGUACCUAUUUGCUACUGAUUUUGAUUGUUGGAUUUGCCCAAUGCAACAUAAAUGCCAACAACGGCAACAACAACAACAGUAACAACAGUAACAACAAUAGCAACACCAAUGGGUCCCUGAACAACCCACAACCCACCUACUCAGCCCAUCGAGGUGCAGCUCGACAGAUGUAUGGGUCGGGGUCUUUGAGGCCGCCUGGCACGAAAUCUGUCAUCUACGCCACCGGUCAGCGUCAGCAUGGGGUCAGAACUACCCUGACCCCGCAAGUUUACAGUCCACCCCAGUUCGUACCUUACGUACCCAUCCCGGUAUUUCCUAUACCCAUGAGAGCCGACGAAUAUGAGCCUAUGAUUAGAGGAUACCCUGGUAUUCCCCACAUCCAAUUUCCCCCACGUAGCGACCGUCCCUCUAACCGUGGAGGAGGCAGAUAUGGAGGUCGGUUCGAGUACGCCAACGGCAGACCAGUAUACGGGUACUCCAAUGCUCAGUACCCGUUUGACUUUGGGUUCAUACGAGGACGAGGUAUUUCUCCAGAUUAUGACACUGCCCUCAACAUAGGACCCUAUCAUAUCCAUAGAGGCGGAGAUGAUGAAGAAGGCGAAGAAGACUAUGACGAACCGUAUCCAACGUUGAAACCUCAGGAAGGAGAUGGCAAAGGCGACCAUUCAUGUAACAAAAAGUGCCAAAAAGAUGAGUUGCUUUGUCAUAAAUCUUGUCUUUGUAUUAACGAGGAGUUAAGGUGCGAUGGUAUCCACGACUGUGAUGAAAAUGAAGAUGAAUUAGACUGCGAUCAUGUUGAGCUGAAAGUCAAAUGUGAUGAAUCCAAAGGUUACAUAUUAUGUCCCAGAACAAAACGGUGCAUUUCGAAAGAAUGGUUAUGUGAUGGGGAUGACGAUUGUGGUGACUUUUCUGAUGAAACUCAUUGUGGGUUUAAAAUAAAUUGCACCAUGGAUCAGUUUCAGUGUGAGAACGGAUUAUGUAUUCCAAAAUUAUGGACUUGUGAUAACGACAACGACUGCAAAGACUUUUCAGAUGAACUAAAUUGUACCAUAAUGGGAUGCGAAGAAAAUGAAUUUGAAUGCUCAGAUACAACUUGCAUUUCCAUGAGUUGGAAAUGUGAUAGACACAUAGACUGCACUGAUGGCUCUGACGAAAGUGACUGUGAUAUUGUUCCCCCCUAUUGUACGGAAGGCGAAUUCCAAUGUAAUACCCACAAAUGUAUUAAACUUGAGUUUAAAUGCGACGGUGAUGAUGAUUGUGAUGAUUGGAGCGAUGAAGAUGAUUGUCCGAAGACACCUGGAUCGUGUGUGUCAGGAGAGUUUAAGUGUAAUAGUGGAAAAUGCAUCCCAGAGCGAUACAAAUGCGACAGACAACACGACUGUGAUGAUAAUGAAGACGAACUCAACUGCGAUUACAAUAUCACGAAAACAUGUUCGCCUGAUGAAUAUACUUGUGAUAACGGGGCAUGCAUCCUGCAAACGUGGGUAUGCGAUGGCUUACAGGACUGUUCCCAAGGAGAGGACGAAUCAAAAUGUGAAAUAGUUUGCGAUGAAGCCAAAUUUCCUUGCAGCGGAAUAGACCCCAACGACAAUAAGACUCAAACGUGUAUCAACAAGAAGCAUCGAUGUGAUGGACACAAGGAUUGUCCGAAGGGAGAAGACGAAGACGGUUGUCCGACUAAGAGGGAAUGCGAGAGAAAUACCAUCUGUAAACAACUUUGCAUUACUACAGCUGACGGAAAAAAGGGCUGUUCCUGCUUUAAUGGAUAUCAAUUGGCAAAUGAUGGUUUUAGCUGCCAGGAUAUUAACGAAUGCCUCUACGCCACAGAUCCAGUCUGUUCUCAGAACUGUAAUAAUACCAUAGGAAGCUUCAAAUGUGGCUGUAUGACUGGAUAUGUACUACGACCUGACUUGAGAACGUGUAAAGCUAUGGGCGCACCACCAACAUUAUUGUUUGCCAACAGGAUUGAUAUUCGCGAGGUUUCUCUUAGCAACACCAAAUAUACAGCUCUUUUACGAGGACUUCACAAUGCAAUUGCCUUGGACUACCACUACGAGAAAGGUUUAAUAUUUUGGUCAGAUGUAUCUAUGGAUGUUAUAAGAAGAGCUUACGUUAAUGGUACUGGGUCUAUGGAUAUUAUCAAAUCUGGGCUGGAGUCUCCUGGAGGUGUAGCCCUAGACUGGAUACAUGACCUGAUUUUCUGGACCGAUUCUGGAACGAGACGUAUAGAAGUCGCAACGCUUGAUGGACAACAGCGAGCAAUUAUAGCAGCUAGUGAAAUUGACAAACCUAGAGCUAUAGCCGUACAUCCAGGAGAAGGCAUCAUCUUUUGGACUGACUGGGGCCCAAAUCCAAAGAUUGAACGUUCUGAAAUGGAUGGAACAAAUAGGAAAAGUAUAAUAACUGAAUCUGUGUUCUGGCCCAAUGGACUAACCAUCGACUACACUUCGAAUCAGAUUUAUUGGGCAGAUGCUAAACAUAACGUUAUAGAAACGUCAAAUUUUGAUGGAAUAUCGAGGAAAAAGGUUAUUAGUAAAGGUUUGCCGCAUCCUUUUGCCAUUACUAUUUUUGAAGAUGCUAUAUUCUGGACGGAUUGGCAUACUAAGUCAAUAUCUACGGCUAAUAAAGUAACAGGUGCUGGCCUUCGUCCUUUACAUUCCCAACUACACUUCCCGAUGGACAUACACAGUUACCAUCCACAACGACAGCCAAAGUACAGAAACCAUUGUGGAACCAACAACGGUGGAUGUGCCCAUAUGUGCUUACCAAACAAAACAUCUUACACCUGCGCAUGUCGAAUGGGCCAGAAACUAAAGGCAGAUAGGAAGAGUUGCCAGAAACCAGACAAAUUUCUGUUAUUUGCUAGGAAGAAGGAUUUAAGAAUCAAGUAUUUGGAUGGAAGUUAUCAGCACCAGUAUGAGAUGGUUAUCACUAUAGAUGGAAUAAAAUCUGCCGUGGCCAUCGCUUGGGAUUCUAAAAGUGAUUUCAUUUACUGGACGGACGUGGAAAGAAAUUCUAUCAAUCGAGCUUUCUGGAACGGAACUUUUCAAGAAGUAGUUAUACAUCAAAAUAUAAUCUCGCCAGCUGGAAUCUCUUAUGACUGGGCGACAGACAAGAUUUACUGGACAGACGCUGGGACUGAACGAAUUGAGGUAGCAUAUGCCAAUGGUAGUAUGAGAUCUUUGUUAAUCUGGGAGGACCUUGAUAAACCCAGAGACAUUGUUGUUGAUCCACAAGGAGGUUAUAUGUAUUGGUCAGAAUGGGGAGAGAAGGCCAAAAUAGAAAGAGCCAGCAUGGAUGGAACUAAUAGGUUUACUAUAGCCAAUGACAACUUGACCUGGCCGAAUGGAUUAGCUGUUGAUCACCAAACUAACAAAAUAUAUUGGACUGGUGGCGGUAGUCACAGUAUAGAGUAUGCCAAUCUUGACGGAACAAAGAGGAAAGUGCUCUUGGGUGGCAAUGAUGUACCUCAUCCUUUCGGCUUAGAUGUAUUCGGAGACCAUAUUUACUGGACCGAUUGGGAAACUCAAAGUAUUGAGAGAGCAAACAAGUUUACUGGUCAAAACAGGACAGUUCUCUCGAACAAUAUGAAUGACUUGAUGGACGUGAGGGUUUUUCAUCGGAACAGGAAGCAGUUUAAACACGCUUGUACUAACAACAAUGGUGGAUGUUCCCAUUUAUGCCUUCUAAAACCAAAAGGCAGGUCUUGUGCUUGUCCUACAGGAAUUAAAUUGGGGACUGAUGGAUUAACUUGUGAAAAUGGCCCUAUCAAUUACCUCAUAUUCGCCCAUCGAAUGGACAUCCGUCAAAUUUCCCUAGACGUGCCAUACAUGGCCGAUGUAGUGAUGCCAUUCCCAAGACUCAAGUUGGCAGUAUCAGUUGAUGUGGAUCGAAGAACUGGUGAGAUAUACUGGUCUGAUACAGCAGAAGAUGUUAUUCAAAAGUCCACGCCUGACGGAAAGAAGAGCGAGGUGAUCAUUAUGCAUGAAAUGGAGGCACCAGAUGGUAUUGCUGUAGAUUCAACUGGAAGAAAGAUUUAUUGGACCGACGGCGAACGAAAUAGUUUAGAAGUAGCUGAAUUGAAUGGAAAAAACCGAAAAGUGCUCUUCAACAAAAAUUUGGAUAACCCCAGAGCCAUUACAUUACACUAUCAUCAUGGUUUAAUGUUCUGGUCUGACUGGGGCGAUAAGGGAAAAAUAGAGGUCGCUGGUAUGGAUGGUAGUAACAGAAAAAUUCUAAUAUCAGAUAAUCUGAAUUGGCCAAAUGGACUAGCAAUAGAUAGACCAGAAAACAGACUGUACUGGAAUGAUGGAAAACUUCAUACUAUAGAGUCAAGUAGUCUUGAUGGAAAAGAUAGAAAAAAGAUUCUAACUGAGGUAUCAUACCCUUAUGGUCUAGUAGUUGUCGGCAACCACAUCUACUGGACAGAUUGGCAAACCAAAUCCCUACACCGAGCCGAAAAGAUUACUGGCAACGAUAAAACCAUCAUCAGAGACAAGUUAGGAGGGUUAAUGGAUGUUCGGUCUGUCCAAAGUGAUAACAUCGCAGAAAAUGCAUGUGGAAAUAAUAAUGGAGGAUGUUCUCAUUUGUGCUUGAGAAACCCAGUUAGUUAUACUUGUGCGUGUCCAACAGGUUUAACCAAGUUAAAUGAAAAUCAAUGCGAGCUUAUACCAGAAGCAUUUUUGUUAAUAGCUACGCGUUACGCUUUUACCCAAAUAAGUCUAGACACAAAUGACAUGUGGGAUGUUACCCUUCAAGUAGAUGACAUAGAGAACGUAAUCGGGGUAGACUUCCACUGGGAGAAGAAGCUGAUUUUCUACACAGAUAUCGAGAAAAAUGCCAUCGGCUCCGUAUCAAUGUAUAACUUAUCAGAUGUGAAAACCAUUAUUAACAAGAACCUUUCUUCCCCCGACGGGAUUGCAGUGGACUGGAUAGCCAAUAACAUUUACUGGACAAAUACGGGACAUAAAAUUAUCGAGGUAGCGCGCUUGGAUGGUUCCCACAGAAAAACCAUUAUCAGUAAAUACCUGUGCGACCCCAGAUCUAUAGCUUUGUAUCCUAAAGUGGGAUUAAUGUUUUGGUCCGACUGGGGACAACCAAAGAUAGAACGAGCUUACUUAGAUGGAUCUAGAAGAACAAUUUUAGUGGACACGCAAAUCAGUUUUCCCAUUGGUCUGACCAUUGAUUUUGGACUGAGAAGAGUUUACUGGAUAGAUGCAAAAUUGAAUGACGAAAAAAUCGAGACUACCGAUUUACAUGGCAAAAAUAGGGUUAAGUUUGAUAUUCAGUCCUUCCAUCCAUUUUCAUUGACACAGUACGACAAGUACCUUUACUGGACUGACUGGGUACAGAAGACUGUCAAACGUGCCGAAAAAUUCACAGGUAGAGAUCAAAUCAUCGUUAGACCUCAACUUGACGCUGCUAUGGGAAUAACCAUGGUGACGUCAUCGCGACAGGAAGGUUUUAAUCCAUGUGCUGUUGAUAAUGGUGGAUGUACGCAUCUUUGCUUGUUCAAAGUUAAGAAUUAUACAUGUGCGUGCCCGGAUAAAGAAGAUCAUACUUGUAAAACAGAACCCACAGCAUACGUCCCUCUGAAAUGUCCAACCGGCAGUAACUACAAGUGCGAUGAAUUCGAUGAAAAAUUCGACGACUAUGACGACUUCCGAUUCACCCACCACAAUCAAGAUACUCAAGGAAAUAUAAAAACGCGGGAUUCCCAUACGUUCUAUGCGAUGACGCUGUUACCGAUGCUGUUCAUUAUCAUGUUGUGCAUUAUUCUAGUGAUGUUCCUCCUAACACGAAAGAUGGAAAAGAAUAAAUAUUCUUAUGGAUGUACGGGAAGAAGUUUUUCAAAUCCCAAUUAUUAUACGCCAAAUAAUGAGACAAAUCCGGUACCAAAUAAUGGGAAAUUUAUAUGGAAAAGACUUAAAUAUGAUAAAACACAGGAACGAGUAUACGAAGAAACUGUUGGAAUCAGCAGCCCAGAAAUCGCGAGUCUUAUCCCCACGAUCCUUACACCAUGUAGUUCAAACUGCGAAACAGUGACACCCGAAGUUGAGAGAUCACCAUCAAUUACACCUCUACAUAAAAUUGACAUAAACGAGACAGUUUCUUAAAUAUUCGAAUUCUAAGAGUCACCUAUAAGAUUAAAAUCAGUUUAAGCUCCAUAUAAAUGACGAAACUACUAUUUUUAACGUUGCAGGGUCUAUUUGCUUUGGCAUGAAAGACUGAGAGUUUGAAGGUGUGUUUCUAACUUAUGGGUGUGUGUUUUUUAUGAAAAAUAUAUAUACCUAGAUAUUAAGAAAAGAGGAAUAAUUCAAGUACUUAAUAAGUUUUAUAACUUUUUAUUAACAUUUCCAUUACUAAAAAUAUUUUCUUGUAAAUGGUGUUGCGAUAUUUGAUCAUUGACGUUUUGUUAUUAAAAUAUUACGACGAUUAAUACAGGGUGUCUCAUAAAUAUAUACUGAAAGGAAUGAGAGUUGGAAAAACUGGUAAUAGGCGAAAUAUUUUUUCUACUUUGCUCUACUGCAUGGUUUGAAGGAUAUUUUCAAAUAUUUUCUUUAAUAUAUUAUUACUUUGUUAUUUAAUAUUCUGAGUGUUAUUUUCAGUAUAGUUACUCUAAAAAAUAAUAACCGAACAAUAUUCUGCUAGAUAAUUUAUCCAAACUAAAUUUUUAUACCAGCUAUCAUUUCUGGGAUAAUCAUGAUACAUCCUAGUAAUUUACGGCAUAGAAACCUGUACAUUGUACAAUGUUGUUGAUAUCUAAUUGUGGAAUAUAUAUUAUACUACCGCAGCACCAUAUAUAUUAGUUGUUCAAAAGUCUUUUAUUAUGGGCGAAUAUAGAAGUCACCAAAGACGGAGAAAAUUGAUUUUUGUUUUGAAUUACAGAAUGGGAAACAAAGAAAUAAAAUACUCUCUUAAGCAGACGACGCAUAUUGAUAGCCCAAGAUGAAGAUAAUCUAUAAAGAUUAGUCCACAGAUUUAACAUAAGAGCAAUAGAAUUUGGAAAGAAUAACAAUCUCAACUCAGAAAGUCGUUCCUAGAUUUGACAAAGUGUACUCAAUAUUGUCUCAUACUAAGACUUUUCGGACGUUUUCUCAAACAUAACAUCACAUAUUUCUUGCUUUGCACAUGCUAUAUUCCCCAAUAUCUCCUCUCAUCGUUCAUAUCCACCACAAAAAAUUCUAAACGAUCAUUUACAACUGAGGAAGUAGUAGUUUCGUUAAUAGUUUUAUUCGUGGAGUCUUAGGCUCUAAUUUCACAUAAGUGUAGAUAAAGAAGUCAAAUUAAGGUGACUGACAAUAACGUUAAACUUAUAAAUAAGGAACUAUAUCUGAAACAGAACAAGAGUCAUGUAAUAGUUAUGCUGAAAGAUUUCUAAAGGCGAUUUGUUUUCCUUUCGGCAAUAUUUUUCUACUAUAUCUAUUUACCUUUAUCACUGACCUAGAGAAAUUUUAGAAGUAUGAUAGUUUAGAACAUUAAACUAUUAUUCACAGUAGAAUCUUUAUUUAGUUCUUUCACAAAUGCAUGCAAUUAUCUAUAGUGUUAUCAUUUUGAUCCACUGAAAUUACAAAUCAAAUGCAAACUUAUGUCCAACCAUCACAUAAUAGUACUAGUCAUAAUGAUUACUGACAUGCUCAAAUUUGACAAAAGAUACUGCUGACACAAAACACUACCACGAAGAUCCCAGACGUUGAUAUCAAGCAGGAGCGUCAUUUGAAAUUUUGUUUGGGGGGGGGGGGGGGCAAGCACUAUAUAUACAAUACAUUAUAUAUGAUGUUAUGAUGAAUAUGGAUGUAUUUUCUGUAAAUUUCAGUCAUUUUCAGGGCCGCCCAAAUGACGCCCCUGAUAUCAAGAUUGCAACAACUGGAAUGGCGGAAUAAAUAAAACUUUUUCGUGAAGAAAUGCAAAAGUAUUAAAAAAAACCAAAGAACAUCUAAAAUAGAUUAAAAAAGCUAUGAGAUGAAGUAGAAAAGGCAGAUAUUUAAAAAAUCGACGAGAGGGCACAAGAGAUAUCUGAAUGGAAGGAAAACGCCAGACAGGCAGACCCAUUCAGGGUUAUGAUCCCAAAAGAAGAAGAAGAAGAUACGAAUAUAUAAGACCGUAAAUCAUCUAAAAUUUGGUCUGUUUGUUCUUUCAGUUAGUUUUUAGGAAUUUUUAACGUCUAGCUUGGCCUUUUAUACGACCUUCAAAAAGACCACUCAAGAUUGUUUUUAAAACUGGACAUCACCAUUUGCUUCCAUUCUUGAUAAUGUUGCCUUAGUAUUUUCUUCAUGAUUUAUUUUGUUUUUGAGAUAACUAUCUAGUAUUUGAGUUACCAGUACCAAUUGUAUCUGAAGAAGCAAUGCAUACGUAUAUGUGUAGGGAAAUGUUAUACUAAACAACUCAAAAAUAUCUAUAUUGAUGGUGUACCUAACUAUGCUUAUAAUCUGAAAUUAUUUUUAAAUUUUUCUGCUAAGGUAAUGAGAAAAUAGUUACUAAAAUAUCAUGUCGUUCUAAUUUUCUCGAGGUCAGUUAAAUCUUGUUUAACUUUUUACGACGAAUUCGAAUCUUGUCUUUCGAAAAAUCCUUUAAAAUAUAUUUUUUUAAAACUGACAAUCAUCUUAAAUACUUUUGUAUAUCAUUUUAUUUGUGUUGAUCUAGUUAUAAACUAAUUAGUAUAUUAAUUGAAAUAUUUAACUUUAUUUAUUUAAAUAACACAGUUUCUUUAAUGCGACGAACAAUAUCAACGAAAAUAAGUUCUUUAUAAAUAAAGUGUUAGAACUUUUUUUGUUUGAAGAAAAACGUUGUUCUUUUUAAUUAAAACUGGUAAAAAUACAUUAUUUAUAAAAUUUAAAAGCAAGAUUAGAAAUGGUCCAAAAGUAAACAAAGGGGGUUUUAAAAAUUUUUGAUUAUACAGGAAAAAUAUUUUACAUCAGUGCUUUUUUGUAUUUUUUAAAAUUUUUUCAUUAUAUUUAAGUAAAGCAUAUGCACAGUAUUGGUAGGUACAGUUAUUCAAACAGUACGAAGGACUCAUUCUGGCCAGAAUAGAAAAAUAUGUCGACAAGCACCUCAUUCCACAACAAGGAGGAUUCAGAGCCGGCAAAUCUUGCAUCGGUGAAGUCCUCGCACUAAUAGAUCACAUUGAAGAGGGCUUCGAAGAAACACUUAUAAGAGAGGCUGCUUUCGAGGAUCUGACACCAGCCUAUUACACAGUAAGGUACCAGACAUUGCUCUAAAAAUUGUACGACAUUCAUGUUCACCGCUAAAAGAGUCGUUUUUUGUUACGCUAUAGGGCAAAGUAAGUGAGUUGAUGAUGCUUUUCAAUAUAUAUUGAAAAGUAGGAUGGUCCAUUAGAACAUACAGACCAACCUAUAUAUCUUUGAGUAACUCUGGACCGGUCCUCCACUUACAAACAACACUGCAUAAAAACGAGAGGGAAAGUAACAACUAGGAAGAGUGUAGGUACUCAGGAAACUAACGGGAAGUAAAUGGAAUGCACGUCCUGGAUUCUUAAGAACAAUGGAACAUGUACUGUGUUUUUCAAUAGCUGAAUAUGCGUGCCCCAUUUGGAACAGAUUGCCCAAAUCCAACAAGUUGAUAUUGCGCUAAAUAAGACAUGCAGGGUAGUAACGGGAUGUAUGAAAACGUCGCCACUCUCAAAUCUAUAUAACGCAGAGAGUUUUGCAGAUUUCUUAACACGCAGAAAUGUAGCACAUGUAGAAAAUUAAAACAAAUCGCGGACAAGAGGCAAGUCCAAUACAGAUUUUGGACACCACGAAAGCGACUAAAAUACAGGAAAUGCUUCCUUGGAAUAGUGAAGGAUGAACCAACCGAAUAUUUUCCUCUUUCCCAGGUUCAAUGGACCGGCCAAUCUCUAGACCUUAAAAUGUGGAAAACUAUGAAUCGGAUAAGAAGUGGAGUCCAAUGAAAAUAGUUUCCAAUAUAAUUGUUGAUUCAUUGAUGUUUUUUCCUUGAGCCUAAUUUCGUUUAACGUCUGUCUGUAUAUCAACAGUUAUGCAGACGACGCCGCAUUAAUCGCCCGAGACAGAAGACGAUCUCCAAAGAUUAACACACAUCUUCAAUAUACAACAGCCAAGAAAUACAAUAUGAUAAUAUCAGCAGAAAAAACCAAAUGUAUGACAACAUCUAAAUACCCACUACGAUGUAAAAUCGAAAUUGAUGGGAAAAUAAUAAAGCAGGAAGCAAGGUUCAGAUAUCUGGGAAUAGAUAUAAUCAGUUACGGAGAUGUUAAAGAGGAAGUACGACAACAAAGCUUAAAAGCAAGUAAAGCGGCGGGGUCUCUUAAUAACACAAUCUGAAAGAAUAAACACCUAAGAAAAGACACAAAAGCAAGAAUCUAUAAAGCCGUAAUUAGACCUAUAUUGAAAUACACGGCGGAGACAAGACCUGACACAUCUAAAACGAGACGACUAGUAGAGACAGCAGAGAUGAAAUUACUCCGACGAAUAUCAGGGAAAAGUCUGUUGGAUAGGGAGAGAAGCGAAAACAAGAAGAUCAUGCAAUGUACAAUGUAGAAGACAUAAAUUGAUGGGUGACAAAACGGAAACAGGAGUGGAACGAACACAUUAGUAGAAUUGCAGAGGAUAGGAUAGUACGAAUAGCACGAGAUAAGUCACCAAAUGGAUGAAGGAGUAUUGGCAGACCAAGAAAAAGAUGGUGCGAUAACUUAAACAAUUUAGGAGGCUAAUAUUGAGAAGAAAGAGGCUUUAAAGCCUACAUUCAAGAAGGAAGAAGAAGAAGAAGAAGAAGACCUCAAACGUAGAAAUGACAACUAUGUGAGACGAAGGAAUGAGCUGUUUGGUUUAGGGAAAGAGAGGGAGGCAGAGGAAAACUAAGAAAGUGGAAGGACUAUACGGUGAAGGAUUUGAGAGGAAAAGAUUUAAAUAAAGAAAAAGCGUAAGGAACAGCGGCUCCAGAAAAGGAAAAAGCCGAGGAAGAAGAAGAAGAACAAGUUGUAUUGGCCCCGUGUUGUAUAUGUUGUUAUGUUAUGUUGUAUAUGUUAUGUUGUUACGUGAUCGUAAGCUCAAGUAGCUUAAGGAUUUCCGCAUAUUAUAUCAUCUUGUCCAAAAGACUUGCGACUUUUUAAACUAGAGAUUGCAACUUCUACUUCUGCGAUAGUUAUGUCAGACGACACCGUUAUUUUUGCAGACAGUUUAAACAGCUUACAGCAACUAACAAACAAAGUAAAUGAAGUAAGUGAAAGAUUUGUACUAUAAGUAAAUAUAUCAAAAACUAAAUUCAUGAUCAUCAGCAAAAAUAAAAUUAGAUAUGCCCAACUGCUUAUCAAGAAUACACCACUGGACCGAGUAAAACAGUAUACAUAUCUUGGAACAAUAGUAAACGAACAAUGGGAUCACUCACAAGAAAUAAAAUGUACAAUAGAGAAGGUCAGGAGUGCAUUCAAUAACAUGGCCUAACUCUUUAAACGUCACAAGCUUAAUCUGGAGAUAAAAGUAAGGCUCCUACGGUGUUAUAUCUUCUCAAUAUUAUACUACCGAGUUGAAUCCUGAACACUGACUGAAGCAAUGGAGAAAAAACUUGAAGCAUUCGAGAUGUGGCUCUACUGGCGAAUCCUAAGGAUAUCAUGGACGGACAAGAUAACCAACGAGACUCUAUUACGAAGAAUGGGGAAAUAAAUAGAGGUUAUGUAUACCAUUAAAAGGAGAAAGUUAGAAUAUCUCGGACACAUAAUGAGAAACAGCACUAAAAACAGAUUACUGAAGGUAAUUUUGUUUGCCUUCAAGGCAAAGUAUUCGGAAAGCGAGGAGUUAGGAGAAGAAAAUGUCACAGUUAAAGAACCGGAGGAAAUAGUUCUGCACAACAACAACUAAUCUAUUUAAAGCAUCAGUUAAUAAAUGAUGAUGUCAAUAAUCGCUAAUAUUCGAAUGAUCGCCAAUAUUCGAAACGAAUGGGAACCAAAAGAAGAAGACCUCUGCGAUACCAAGCGAUACUCAACGAAUUUUGGCUGAUUGGUACAUUGCGCUUCUAUAAAAUUACCUUACUCUUAUAUGCUUUACCUUUAAAUAUUCUAUUCAUGUGCAGAAAUAUUUUCGUCACAGCAAAUAUCUUUUUCUGUAUUACCAAAAACAUUUUUAAAACCAACUGUAAAUAAUUUCCUCUGAACUAUUUAAAAAUAUUGGUAUAUUGUUGAAGAUCCAUACUUGAAUAUAAUACUACAAGUACUACUAGUUGUACUAAAUAAAUGUUAUUACAUAUCUCGUUGACAACAUAAAAUAAUUGUUUACGCAUUUUGAAAAAUUAUUGCAACAUAUGGAAAUAUUUUAUAUGUAAUUCCAUAUCAAGUUUCCUAUGAAAGUUUCCGUGUGAAAUAUGACUAUUUGACGUUUUGAAGAUAUUUAGUCCAAGGGCCAGUGAUGUGUUUCCGGUAGUUCACAAAAUACCAAGAGACAUUUAUAUUUUCAGGUUUCUAAUAGUGCUAAAGAUGUAUCAGAAAAUUACACAAGAUACCAAGGACUCUAAUUUAUUCUGAUAAAGUUUUAUAAUAUUUAAUAAAAUGAUCUUUUAUUAUAUUAUUAGAAGAAAUGUUGAGGUUUCCAAGAUUUAUAUAAUUUGUAAAGAUUUAAAAUGAUCAUUUUCUCAUUGUAUGCAUUUUAUUAAUCCGUUAAGGUUAUUUGGAUUAUAAUUUCGUACAAUAAAUAUGUUAACGUUACAAAGAGAAAAAACGCAAAAAAGACAUUCGACCAGGAAUGUGAACAAAGCUUAAAGCUAAAAACCAGCAAAAAGACAGAUCUACUACCAAGAUCAACAGAUGAGAAUAGCGAAGCUUACCAUAUAAUUAGAACAGAAACGAGAACACUGUUAAAAAGGAAGAAGAAACAAGAGGUACCUAGGAAAUUUAAUAAAGCAGCUUGAGAGCAACCAUAGAACCGGUUAGCCAAGGCAGUUUAUUAAGGAAAUAAAAACACUGAAAGGCAAAAAGUAAAUAGUCCAGAAUUCAUAAAAGAUGACAGAAGACAAUUUUUUAGGAAAAAUACGGACAUAAGCCGACAAUGGAGAAAGUAUUUUAACAAUUGUUUAAUACUGACGAAACAAGGACAAAAACAGUGCCAAUCAGCAGAAACCUAAAUAGCGGUACCAGAGCUUUAGGAAGUAAAGGUAGCACCUAGUGGCACUAAAAAAUAACAAAGCCCCGAGCUCAGACGGAAUCCAUGAGGAACUUAUUAAGAAAAGGGAGAACAACAUGUAGAAAUACUGCACCUUAUAAAUGAAAUACGGCAAAGGGAAUAAGUGGCGACAGAAUGCGUGAAAUCCUCACAGUACCCGUUCACAAAAAGUGAGAUAUAUAGGUAAUUAUUUAUUUAAGAUUUAUAGAGGAAUAUCAUUAAUUCAAACAACCUAUAUUCAAACAACAUAAGAAAGUUAUGUCGAUUAUUCUACUGAGAAGAUUAAUUCUUUGAUGUUUGGGAUACAGGGUUUAAGUCAGAAUUUCACAGCAAUAAUGUUUUGAUACAUUCUGGACCAAAAACUCGGCUUCUUUUAUUGGUAUAUACGGUUUAAGUCUACAACAGUUAUGUACCAAUAAAAAGAACCGAUUUUUUGGUACAGAAAACAUGAAAACAUUAUUGUUGUGAAAUUCUGACUCAAGCCCCUCAUUCUGACUCAAGCCAAACAUCAGAGAAUUCAGUACGCAGGAGAAAUAAUAGGCGAUUACCAGUGUGCUUUCUGACUUGGAAGGUCAACAAUAGACCAGAUCUUCAUCUUGCGCCAAAUUGGGAAUGGCACAAAGGUGUAAAUAAAAUUUUUGUAAAUUUCAAACAAGCGUAUGACUCUCUAAACAGGGUUAUACUCUGAAAGGUAAUGAUGGAAAUAGUAAUACCCAGAAAGCCGGUUGGACUUUUAAAUUGAAACUGCUCUAAGACAAGGUGAUCCACUUUCCACUCUGUUAUCCAAGUUAGCUUUAAAACAAACCGUUAGUAAAGCACAACCAGAAUUAACAAAUCAUUUCGCUGACUAUGAAGCGAAGAUGUUGUUAUGUUUUGCUGACAAUAUCGACUUCUUCUUCUUCUUAAGGUGCCGAGACCGCUUGUCGAUCGUUGGCUCUCAUGUUGUGCAGCAUAUUAACAAUCAUUGUCUUAUUUACAGCCGCACGAAAUAGUUCAGUGCUAGUUUUCCCAAACCAUUGGCGUAGGUUUUUAAGCCAAGAAGUUGUACGGCGGCCCACACUUCUUUUUCCCAUUAUUUUACCUUGCAUGACAAGGUGAAGUAUGUCAUAUUUUUCUG